AUGAAAAUUAAAAAAAAAAAAAAGGAAAGUGUCAAUACCAAUGCAAAGUUUUGUGUGAUUUUGUUGCGCCGCCUCCUUAGUCUCCAUAAUCUCCUCCCCCCAGCUACAAAAGCAGGCUGCAUCCGCGUUUGUCCACACGUCACGAUGAGUCUCAGUCGCAGCAAGAGGAUCAGCUCAAGCGCCUCAGCGCGCCGCUCUGACGGCUUGGGCUCGCCGGCACCCGCUUUCGGCGGCGUACCGCUGUCCUCUCUUUCCGCACUGUCGGUCAACAAGAGCCUGCUGGCGCCGCUCAACCUGGAGAUCGACCCCAGUCUGUCCAUGAGUCGCGCUCACGAGAAAGAGCAGAUCAAGAGCCUCAACAACCGCUUCGCGUCCUUCAUUGACAAGGUUCGCUUCCUGGAGCAGCAGAACAAAAUGCUAGAGACCAAACUAGAGCUCCUCCAGGGCCAGGGCGUGGGCCGCUCCAAUGUGGAGCCCUUGUUUGAGGUCUACAUGGCGGGCCUGAGGCGCCAGAUGGACCUGGUCAACAACGACAAGAGCAAACUCAAUGGCGAGCUGAGGAACAUGCAAGGCCUGGUGGAGGACUACAAGCACAAAUACGAGGACGAGAUCAACAAGAGGAACAACCUGGAGAAUGACUUUGUCCUUCUCAAGAAGGACGUGGACUCGGCCUACAUGGUGAAGGCCGACUUGGAGGACAAGGUGGGGGCUCUGACCGAUGAGAUCAACUUCCUGCGCACCAUCUACGAGGAGGAGUUGCGUGAGCUGCAGGCCAGCAUCCGAGACACGUCGGUGGUGGUCCAGAUGGACAACAGCCGCAGCCUCAACAUGGAGCAGAUCGUAGCCGAGGUCAAAGCUCAGUACGAGGAGAUCGCCGCUCGCAGUCGCCGGGAAGCCGAGGCCUGGUACAAAAGCAAAUUUGACCAGAUGUCAGUGCAGGCCAGCCAGUUCGGAGACGAGCUCCGAGUGGUCAAGGGCGAAGUUGGUGAGGUCCAUCGUCUCAUCGCUCGCCUGCAGAGUGAGAUCGAGGCAGUCAAAGCGCAGCGUGGCAACUUGGAAAGCCAACUCGCUGAGUCGGAGGACCGCGGCGAGAUGGCGGUCAAGGAGGCCAAAGCUCGAACCCGCGACCUUGAAGACGCCCUUCAACGAGCCAAGCAGGACAUGGCUCGCCAACUCCGUGAGUACCAGGACCUCAUGAACCUCAAACUUGCUCUGGACAUCGAGAUCGCCACCUACAGGAAGCUCCUGGAAGGCGAGGAGGACCGAUUGGGCCAGCAGUCCAUCCUCAACAUACAGUCUGUCGCCAACUACAGCAGCCGAAGUUCUAACGGUCACUACGUCAGCCCCAUCAACAUUUCUUCACCUCCCAAGCUGCUCAUCAAGACCACCGAGACCAGAGACCACAGUAGAUACAGUACACACUAAUAACAGGAUGUUUCUUCAAUUCUACCGUAAUUUUCGCACUAUGAGGCGCACCUGACUAUAAGCCGCCACCCAUCAAAUUUGGCAUGAAAACUCAUUUGUUCAUAGAUGAGCCGCACUGGACUAUAAGACGCAGCAGCUGUCCUCACUGUAUUAUGGGAUAUUUACUCCAAAAGAUAUUAACUGGUAACACUUUAUUUGACAGCGGCAUCAUAAGACUGUCAUAAGACCAAAUGAACCACCAUGAAGCUUUGCAGCCAAUUGGUUCAUCGCUUCAAGAAGCUUCAUUUGGCCAUCACUGCUCCCAUGGGGAAGACAGGCAACCUCUGCUGCCACCUGCUGUCAACACUGUUGUUGUCCAACAAGCCUCCUAGCAUGCAUUGCAGGGCUACAGAUGUAAAUAACAAUCAAAAUUUAUGUUCUGUGCUAAAUAUUUCUUCAGUUACUGUUCCAGUUGUUUUAUUAAUUGCAAGUAUGGUAUUUGGUCACACUUUAUUUGAUAGUGGCACCAUAAGACUGUCAUAAUUAAGACGUAACACUGCCAAGAGCAUUAAUAAAUGCUUAUAACAGAUGUCAUUUAGUGUUAUACGGCAAAUUAUCUCACUUUUGAAUAGAUGUAAAAGAUCCAAACUGGACGUAAAUGAAGUUGGUGACAUAAUUUGCCGAUGACACUUAAUGACAUCUGUCAUAAGCAUUCAGUAAUGCCCAUGAUAGUGACAUGUCACAGUUAUGAAGCUCAUAUGACAGUCUUAUGACGCCACCGUCAAAUAAAGUGCUAUCUAUUAAUCCAAAUAAAUCAACUAAUAAACCGCACUGGACGAUAAGCCGCAGGAUUAAAAAUUAAGGAAAAAGCGGUUUAUAGUCCGAAAAUUACGGUAAUCAAAACGACUUGGAAAUUAACUAACUGGCUGUCAUUGACAGUGAUGGACGUCCAAUCCAGGGCAGGAAGCAAUUGAAUGAUCACUUGCAGCCCCCCCAGUCAGAAUGGAUUGGACAUCCAUUGCCAUCAUUGGCAGCCAGUGAGUUAAGAUGUCAUUCUAGUCUGUAGUGUUACUAGUAAUAUUUGUUAGUAGUAGUGCUGUACGAUAUGAGGAUAUAUAAAACUUUCCAUUGACAUUAUACAUUUUUCAUUAACGCAAUAAAAUAGACCUGUUUCUGCAAAGCACAUUUUGGCCAACAGAUGGCGCCCAAUAUGAUUGGAUUCCAUAAACUAAAGGAGUUACCACCAAUCGGCUCCAAGAUGUUCAUGUUUCCCUCAAUAGUUAGCAAAUUGGCUCCCUCUGCAGACUUUACGUGAAUAAUGCAUGCAAGACAAUUUAUUGUUAAUGCUAUGAUGCUAACCUAAUGUGGAGCAGUCUUAAAAGUCAAAACAUUAGUCACAAGUAUUCGUAGAUAGUUAGAUAUCUUUACAUUUGAGCAAAAAUAUUUAUGCUACUGUGCUUUUAAUUUUUUUCAAUUUUUUUCAUUUAAAAUUUUUUUUUUUUUACACUGGAUGGUUUUAGUUUGAAGCACUGGAUUUGUGGCAGAUCAGUUUAAUGUCAAUUCAAAAACAAAGUGUCAUAGUUGUAGUAUCAUUUCACCUAAUAAUUAUAAAUGUAAUACUGGUAUAUCAUGAUAUAAAAUGGCCUUUUUGUGACACCCCCCACCCCAUAAGCACUGAUUGUUAGCCUAUAAAAUUUGCUGUUUUGAAUGAAUAGAGGGACUUUUACUAUUUCUGUGAUGGUUAUAAUGAAGUUAGUGUCCAUGAUUUUUGUUUUAUUGAUUAAUAAAAUGGCGCAAUGCAUUUUUGUACUUCCCCUCCCUCACAAUAUUGAUAAUAAGUCACGUUUAUUUAUAUAAAUGUAAAUAAUGAAAAGAUUCCAAGGGCUUCCCAGACACACGAUUGAUAUUAAAAGAUUAAAUAAUAUACUGUAUAUUAUAAAGUUUGACCAAUAUAAUGACAGUAAAUGUGUAAUAAUUAUCAAUGUAUAUUGAUUUUUUUUUCAUUACACCUUCAUCCGGGAAGGGAAAACAAAAAAUGUAUUAUUUUAUAUUAUAUGUAGUUGUUUGUGUAAAAUACAGGUAGUCCCUGUGUUAAGAAAGAGUUCCUUUCCUAGGCUGGCGAGGUAACCUGAAUUUCCGCAUAAGUCAGAAAGAACCCUUUAGGUACCCCAAGAUACCCCCUGAACCUAAAAAUAAUUGUCCAAAAACAUGUACUA